CACGCAGGUAAAACGAAGUAAAGUCAGAUAGUCAGGUCAGCGAAUUGUAGACACCUGUUACGUUGUACCUCUUAUCCUACUGAUAGUUUUUUAAUAUGUAAGGUGUUAAAGUACUUUUUACAUCACUAGGUCGAACAUCACGAGAAAAUGCUGUGGAAAAUUGUGUUUUUUGUUUCGUUUUGUGCAUCUGCGGCCAAUAGCCAAGGAUUAACGGUCACAGGUGUUAAGUGCGGUGAAAGAACUUGUAAGUUAUUGGAAUAUUGUUCGGACUUCGAUGGAAUCUGCGAGCCCUGUGUUGAUAUUUGCAAUAGUUCACAUCACAACUUUAAUCAGAACUUGUGCGAGAAAAAAUGUCAAAAUUAUUUGCACGAUAUUCGGUAUGUUAUAAGUACUAGCGCAGGAUCUGGAAAUGAAGAUAUAAGGGAAACCGUAAAUAAGCUGUCAAAGAUGGUAACUGUCAACCUGACGUUAGUCUGUCUAAUGUUAAUCGUCUUGGCUGGUUUCCUGUGUUUCCAGUUCUACAGGUGGAAAGAAAAGAAAAAUAUAACUUUUGCCUCCUUAAAGGACAAGAUUCUAGGAAAGAAAAAUACUCAAGAAAGUCCUUCAAGAACUAACAAUAUUCAGGAUCCUUCCUCUAAAAAAUCAGGAGAUCUACGAUUGGACAUUACUUCCAACGCAUCACACAGUGACCAUAGCCCGGUCACUUUGUCCACCUCCAUCAGCAGACGACCAGCUGAAGACUGUGCACUGGACUACGCUUACGAUAAUCACGCCAUGACGCCGUCAUCACGUUAAAAGUGUUUGUUUUUAUUUAAUAGUUUUAUUACUUUUUCCUGUAAUGGAAACGAUGAAAAUGAGAUUCUAAAAGUAUUUAAACAGGUUAAGUUAUGGUAUUUACAUCAAUUGGCAACUAUGUAUUUUUCUAGUCUAGAUUUGAUGUUUACCUAGCGAGAUUUUUAGAAAUAAAUAUAAAAUAUGUUUGAUAAAUAAUGAUAUGCGUUAUGCAAAAUAAGGCACAUCUUAUGCAAUAAUCAAUGUUGUCUUCAGUAUUAUAAUUCGAAUGUAGGGCUUUAAAGUGGUGGUGCCUUUCUACUUUUU